AUGUCAGCAGCAACACAGCACUGUCUCGGUAAAAAAUCAUCUAUUCCUUACAUUCACUCAAAUCACAAGUCCACGAUGGCAUCAUCAUAUCAACAACCAACUGAAUCGAUGAUUGAAGCCGCAAAGAUAGAUUAUGCCACCCGUCUUUUCGUAUACACUCGACGACAACUUCAACAAGUAUCCUCUUCACCUUCGAGAACGAGAAGCCAAGAAAAUAAAAGUAAAAAGGUUACGCGAAAUGGGGUAAAGGAUUAUAAUGAGAUUCGUGGUCAAAGAGUCAAGGAAGCGAAACGAAAUUGGUGA